AUGCUGGAUCCAACAUACGGCCUCAAGAGCUUCUACGACGACUGCUUAGCAUCGUUUCCCGAGCUGCUGCUUUAUGGGGCAGACGACGGGGGCCUGGUUAGCAGUGGCCGAAGUUCCAUGGAGGAGUACCAGCGCACGAUGGGUGCACUCUUUGCGGUCUUCUGGUUCAUGCGGCGGAAGAUGGGUGGUGCCGAGUCGUUCUGCUUCGGCGUGGAUGAUGAGUGGGAGCCACUGAAUGCACGGUCCAAGCAACCUCGACGCAAGAAGGAGGAGAUCGCGAAAAGGCAGACUUUCUUCAACGAGGUUGAGUGGGAGAGGAUAGACGAGCUCUUGUGCGGAUGCAUAGUUUGA